ACGUGAAGAGGAAGAGGAACCGUCUGAGCUGCAGCUGAUGAGAUUCAAAAGCUGCUCUGAUCAGUUUUCAGUUAUUUUCUGUGUGAAGGAUGGAGGACAACGGGAAUGAAGUCUGUUAUUCUACAGUCAAUAUCAAAAAUAGCAAACCUCCGACAGGCACUGAGGAGGAUUCAACCGUUUACUCUGAAGUGAAACAAAAGAAAGCUGCUCCUGCUCAAACAAGUCAAGAGAAAAAAGAAACAGCAGCGCUCUGUCGUUCCCGUCUGAUGCUGGUGUGUUUGGGGAUCCUCUGUGUCCUGCUGGUCGUGAGCAUCACCGUCAUCGUCUACAUGAGCAGGAAGACGACCAUGCAGCAGACAGAAAUCAAUAACCUAAUCAAAGAAAAUGAGCGCGUGACUGAGGAAAAUAAAAUGAUGCAGAACAAAAACAAGGAGCUGAGCCGAGAGAGAGAUGACCUGAACAAGACUCUGGGAAUCAUCCAGACGUUUGACGACUUUCCUGUAAAAGACUACUGUUCUGACAAAGGGUGUAAACCGUGCCAGAAUAACUGGAUUCUCUUCCAGAAAAAAUGCUACUUUUUUUUCGAAGGACCAGCUCAUUGGAAAACCUGGACAGAAAGUAGAAAGUUCUGUCAGGACAAUCAUGCAGAUUUGGUGGUUAUUGAUGAUCUGGAGGAGCAGGAAUUUGUCAGCAAUCACACCAAACACUACUAUGACGAUUUCCACGGAUACUGGAUGGGAUUACAUCAAACUAACAAUAACUGGACCUGGGUUGAUGGACGAAGAGACACUCUUGGGUUCUGGAUGAAGAAGGUGUUCGGGACGCCAGGUCCAGCUGCACUUCUGAUCCCAGGGGGAAAUCUCACAGAGAACUGGGACAAAGCAGAGGACAAGUUUAACAACAAAUUCAUCUGUUCUGGACGAAGGAGGCGCACAGUAAACCAGAACCAAGAGCACUGCUGAUCCCAUGGAGAGACCACACAGAGAACUGGGAGAGAGAAACAGGAGGUUUUCUCUGCAAAUUCAUCUGUGAGCACGAAGCUGUUAUUUGCUCCGUCUGACUGUUCAGGCAGGAAUACGGUUCAAACUGCCUUUAACCUCCUGAAGCCUUUAGAUGUUUCUUCAGUAUUUCCACAUAAUGUUCUUUCCUCUAUUUUAUGAAGUUCACCUGCAGUAAACAGCCCCACAACAUAAUGCUGCCACCUCCAUGUUUCACAGUUGGGAUGGUGUUCUCAGGAUUGUAAGCUUCCAAAGGGCAUGUCUCCUUCUAUGUGCAUCUGCAAACUUCAAUCUGUUUUUUAAUGUUUCUUUUGAAGUAUUAGCUUCUCCCUGGCAGAGUGUCCAGUUUUAAAAAUUGUUGGUGCCAACCUGAACCGGUCUCUGUUUGCUUGCUGUCGUUGAACUUGUUGCUGUGAUACUGAGCCACACCAGGUUGGUUCCAUAAACACGGAUCCACGUAACCAGGCAGCGCCAGCAGUCAUUGUAACCAGGCGCCAUUUCGAAGAAGACUCUUAAUUUAUAACGAGACAAAACGUGUCUCCAAAUAAGCUGAGUGAAGUUGCCGCGCCCCCAACUUCUUCAAAUCUGACAAGACUGGUGUCAAAUAUUUCUGCUGUGAAAGUUUUUGCUUGUGCCGCUAUAAUUUUAAGGAUAUUAAUAGAGAAGUUGCCAGAGGUCAACAGAGGUCAUCAUCAAUAUCUUAAAAGCAAAAGCAGCACAAAUGUUUGCAGAGUUAAUUGUUUGAUUUUAUAAAUGUGAGCAGGGAGGUUGACCUCUGGUGACCUCUGGAAACUUUUUUAUUAACAAAAUGAAAGCAGCACAAAGGAACAUUUUGCUGCACCAACAUUUGACACAUUAAUAUGUUAGAUUUGAAAACGGAGGGAGGAAAA